AUGUCAGCUUCGAGAUCAUCAACAGUAACUGUUGGUCGAGACGACUCUCGUGUCAAUGGCUAUGUUGCCACUGCCUUGAUGGAUCUGAGGGACUUUGAUCAGGCCACCCGUGCUCCACGACCCAACAGGCUCAUCAUAGCCGUGGACUUUGGGACCACCUACUCUGCGGUCUCCUAUGUCGCGAUACCCGAAGGAUCUUCACCUGAAGCCAUUGGCCCACGAGACAUUCGUUCCAUCAAAAACUUUCCUGAAAGGUUUGAAACAGGUGACCAAAUGGAUUUGGAGGUCCCCACCGAGGUCAUGUAUCCCAGAACGCCAGCCUUCCGCAAGAAUGAAGCCCAGGACCACACGCAACACGAAAGCGCAGUACAUGAUACACUUGAAGGUCCUAGAUUCAUGGACCCCAACUUUGACAUUGAUACGGGUGAUAUUCUUGCCGAGGAAGGGGAUGUGACAAUGCUCGAUGACGAUGACGAUCGGUUUCGCUGGGGGUACCAAGUUCAUGAGCUCUGGUCUUUACCUGAAACACACUCCGACGACACAUAUCGACCCUUGUCACGAUUCAAGCUUUUACUUGACAAUAACCCCACUACCGAAUCCGUGAGGGAGCAGCUCAGUACCACAUUAACUGAACUUCGGAGAAGGCGCAUCUUGAGUGACAAGCCCCUCCAAGUCAUCGCUGACUUUCUUACCCAUCUCCUGCGGCAUACCCAGGAUCAACUAAGAAGCGAAGGGUACGAUGAUACCUAUAGUAAAGAAAUCGUUCUCUGCGUUCCAGCAAUCUGGACUCAAAAGGCCUGCAGAGAUAUGCAAAGUUGCAUGGCUCUUGCUAUGGAACGCGCCCAGUUUGAUGGCGUCGAUGUGCGGCAAAAUAGCAUCGAGAAUCUCUUCAUCGUCUCCGAACCAGAAGCAGCGGCGGCAUAUGUGCUCAGCACAGUACGCACUCUCCAGUGUGGUGGUGUAUUUGUUCUUUUAGAUGCAGGAGGCGGCACGGUGGAUGCGAACACGUACGAAAUAAGUAACGUCGCCCCUUUGAGGCUCAGCGAAGAAGUGGUCCCCCCAGGCGGUGGACUGCACGGAUCUAGCUUUCUCAAUGAGAGCUUCAGAGCGUAUCUUCAUCAUCUUCUUGACAGCGAAACGUAUCUUGAGCGAGACGGCCGGACCGAAACUAUUAAUGGCAUCAUCGAAGAACUUAUGAUCAACCGGUUUGAGUAUAGAAUCAAGCGUUCUUUUGGUAUUUUAGAAGUGCCAGGUCAUAGGAAGUUCCCUGUUUCUGGACUUCGAGACAAUGCCGAAAAGGGUUUCAAGAGAGGUUUAAUCAACAUCAGUGGCCGCAAGAUUAAAGACAUGUUCCUCGAGCGUUUUCGUGGCAUCGAUAACAUCAUGAUGGGUCAAAUCACGGCAGCCAUCGAACGCGGCCGAACAAAUGUAGUGCUUAUCGGGGGGUUCUCAGCAUCUGCUUCCCUCAAAAAGUAUCUUGAAAUGCGCUUGAAGCAUUUCAAUGAUAACAACAGGUGUAGUAUCAAACUCAUUUGCCCAGCCAAUGAUAUGAAAAUAGUCAAUGCAGUAGCCUCUGGGGCUGUUCUGCGUGCCCUCAACAAAUCCCAAGGGCCAAAAAGAGAGGCUCGGUCUAGUUACGGUAUCUUGCGUGCUGAACCAUUCGGCGAACACGAGGAACACAAGGACCUAUCUCCAUAUUAUGACCGCCACGAUGGACAACCUUACAUUCGAAACACAAUUGACUGGGUCCUGAAACUGGGAUCAAUAGUUCCUCCCACAUGGGAGUGCGAACCGCUUUUGUGCAGCCAUACUUUCGACGUCGGGCGCACCGUUGAGCUGGUUUGUAAAGAGGAACUCUAUGUUUCUGAUCGGUCUACUCGAUCACACUACAGAGUUUCACAUGCUAUGAAUCAGGGCGCCGAGAAAGUAGGAGAGAUUGUGGUCGACUUUUCGUACCUUCGCCGUGAGGGACUUAUCAAGCCAGUCGAGGCCACGGUCAACGAGGAUGGGAAAAAGACCAAGAGGCACUAUAAGGUGAAUUACACCCUGCUCAUCAAAGUUGUCGAUCGGGACCUGGAAUGUUUUGCUGUAUACGAUGGGCGGAUCAAAGAGAAAUGCCGCGUCAACAUUGCAUCGGCAUUCCGUCCGGGAACCAAAUAA